AUGUCAUUUCUUUCUGCGGCUUUGCUCGUUUUGAUUGUUGUGACCACCGCUAUCAAUCACCUCUUAGAUCGAGGGCUGGGAAAUUACGCCGAUUCAGACUACAAGGAUGAAGAAAAUUCAAAUAACAAGAUAAACAAGAAAGAUUCAAAUCUCAGUUCUACGCCAGACAUACAGAAAACUGCGUUUGCUGCGAUACCAACCGCGCAAACAAACAUAUCGAUGCCCGAACUUCCUGCUAACAGCAAUAACAGUACUGUUUCACCAUCUAGGCACCAUGGAACCACAAAGACAAUCAAAGCGACGUAAAGAUGAUCCUCGACCUCGUUUCCGGGAUGAUUUGUGACAGACACCAUGGAAACAAGGCUGGAAGACAACGACGUUUGCUUGUAAAUGGCAGUGAUUUAACCAGGUUACAAAUUUCAUAGCUGAAAUAUUUAAAGCUCGCUGAAGCAUUAGAAAUUUUGUUUAACACGCUUGUUCGGCACUGGACUGCACCAUGACCAAAUUUAGCUCAGAACUUAGAAAAACUGUAUGGUUUACAGCUUAAACUCUGGUGGCUAGCAUGGUCGUGGUGGUUUAAAAUAAUUUGUACACUCUGUUCUCAUCUCGCAACGUCAUCUUUCGUUGACCAGGAAUAGAGGAAGGAGAGCUUUAGCACUAUCAGGAGGUAAAGUUGAGUACUCCCACAAUCCCACUUACAGCGUGUUAAUCUCGUACCCAGAUCCUACUGAAAUGUUACGAUCGCUUGGCGGUGGGCGGUCUUGAUACGAAACUAGUUGCGUGCAUCAAACACGAACAGGAUAUGGGACUGGGAUACGAGGCUAGGAAGAAUACUAAAUAGUUGUCACUGAAUCUGUCCACGCCUUUUUGUGCUGAUUUGAGACAAUUAAAUAUCAUCGCAUGUGUAAAUGUAUGACUCAUGCAUGGCCUUUGAUGUUAA